CGAUUCGAUUUUUGCUCCCAUCAGUCACGAUGUAAUUCUCUUCCAGCUAGGGACACAAACACAAACACCUCCGGGAACCUGCUGCUGGAUCUGCUGCGUUCUCCGGCAAAGAAAGUGCUUCGUUUUGGUGCCAGUAGUGCACGGCCCCGUAAAACAAAGCAGAUAGUCUCAGACCGUAACCUGGCGGAAAUUUGCAACACCCCUUCCGUGUUUGACCAAUUUGCAGUGCGUUUUCUUCCAAAAAGAACCAGUGAAAAAAACCAGGCGCCUCCAUAGCAACUGCAAGGCACACUGCGCCAUUUUCUGUACUCGGUCGGAAGUUGUCGAUAAUAAUCAUCACCAGCGCUCGGGCACUGGCAGCAGCCGAGCACCAGGCCGCAGCAAAAUGCAGCUCGUUAAUCGAAUCAUCGAGGCCGUCAACUUGCCGCUGUCGCCCAAAUAUCUGCGCGUCACGGCCAUUCUCAUCGCCAUCUAUAAAGUGCUGACGGCACACGUGUUCCUGUUUGUGAUGCUGCUCGGGCUGGCGCAUGCCGAGGAGAUGAGCACCAUCCUGCAGAUGAGCAUCGCCGACCAGAAGGACGGCGAGUACAUCUGGACGACGAGCGAGCAGGAGGAGUCGAUCAACGAGUGGCGCUUCAAGUCCGCGGAAAAGCUCGCUUCCGUGACGCUUUGCGUGCUUUACAUCGGCACAACGGUGGCCACCAUCUAUGUGCUGAGCUGUUUGGGGCUUUUGAUCGGUACGCUUCGCAACCGGCACGAGUUCUUCAUCCCCUGGAUGGUGGUGGACUUCUUCGGUACGCUUGCCAUCGGAUCGGUGGUGCUGGCGUGCGGCUGCAAUGACUCCACCUACCAAUACGUGGCCGAGUGGGAGUACUGGGGUUUCUGCACGAUCAUGUUCAUCUUCAACGCAACCGUCUGGUGCGUCAUUCGGCUCUUCUACAAGAAUCUCGUCCACAUGACCAAGCUGCGGGAGGUAGCGAUCGUGGCGAUUCCGUGCCCGGCUGCUGUACCGCCGACCGCAAACGGGGCCUGCACCAACACUACCACCAACACCACCACCACCACCAACACCGGCAAAUGCCCCAACGGCAUACCGCAUCACUAUCGCAAGGAGAACAUGCACCUGAGCGACGGUGGACUGAAGCACAUUCUCUUCGAUGCCAACGAGGCCAACUAUCUGGUGUAAGGCGGUGUCAGCCAGCGGACCGAGACACAGUUGGGCGACAGUUUUCGGCGUCUUCGUGCACGCACAAAUGGCAAUGAUCGCGAUAGUGGAAUGGUACAUUUAUUGCUGUGAAAAGGAGGACGAUGAAGGAGUACCAUCUCUUUCUCUCGCUCCUCACAUUGAUUGUUCCAAUCAUCAUCAACCAUAAAAACUGCAUUUUACUGUUAGCUGUUGGCCCACAGGCAGCCAGGCCGGCUUGCGUAGUUGGAUCCUUCUGCUUCCUUCGCGUCCCUCCCAUUGGAACGUUCCGAAUGUUGCCGUGUGUGGUUGUCUGGUUGUCUAUCCCCCUGGAUUGGAGGGUAAAUGGGAGAGGGAGGGUGUGGGGUGAUUUUGUGCAAAGAGCGAACGAUUUGCAAAUUUAGACACAUUGGUUUUGCUGACAGAAAAAAAACGAUACAAGCAGCAGCACGUCACAAGCGCGCGCGGCUGCACUAGCUGUUUGUUGUAUUGGAAUAUGUAGUAGAGGAAAUUCUCCUAUAAUAAAAAAAAUUACCAAUAA